UCAGCAGGAUUUUGAGGCAUCCACACCAGUCAGAGUUACACCCGAGACUCUCCUCCAACUGUGAUGCCUGCCUUCAGCCCUCCUCCCGCUGCUCUCCUCUUAGUGGCACUCUGUGCAUCCAUGGCUUUGCAGCAGUCUGACCUUCAUCUGGCUUAUGUCACCCAAAGAGGUUUUUGCCUCUACUCUUGCAGCCAGGACCCGCAGCCCUGCAGCACAUCCUCUCUGAAAGAUUGCAUAUUCACAGAAAUCCAGCUUUCCGCUCUGCACUGCCCUCAGUCACCUUUGACUACUGUUUUUUGUUUCAAACAUCUAACGGUUUGGUUUUCAUCACCAGCCAAUGUGGCAUGUCUGCUCAACAACUCAGAGGUGAGGCACCUCACACUGAUCCACUGUGGUACCGGAGGAUCCAGGGGGACACCCUCUUCUUCCCUUGGGGGGCAUUUUGCUGUGCAACACCUUGAGAGGCUGACUAUGGUGAACCUGCCAGAGAAGCUGAUGGUAAAUCUGCCAGAGAGGCCAUUUCUUUACUGCAGUGAUGUGAACAGAGCCAAAAGCAUAGAAUCAAACGCGAACCCAGACAGUGAUAAUGGUUUUCAUUUAGGCAUAAACAGAUACAACAGGGACAGAGACACCAACAUGGACCUGGCUCCAGACACAAUUACAGAUUUUGUAGCUGUGUCCUCAACCCAGAUCCAGGAUAUGCUUUUGGGCAGGGAACUGGGAGCAGCAUAUCAUGAACAGGCCAGACUGGGAAUCAUCCACAGCUCUGUGCUGGACUGGGGAACAGUGGUCAAAUCCUACACAGUUCAAACAUAUAUAGACAGUGAUGGUACGCUGCCUUUUCCAGAACUUCACCUGCCAAAGCUGCCAGAGACAUCACUCAUCUAUGUCAGCUUUGUGUACUGAUAAAAAGUUACUUUCAGGGGGAAGAUAAUCAGUGUUAAAGUCUUUUAGAGAAUCUUCUUGCAGACCCCACUUGUUUCACAUUCUAGCUCAACAAUAAUCCCUUUAUAUUCAUAAUCUUGCAGAUUAUGCUGCCUUUAUAUUUAGACUCAUAGAUUCAGAUCGGCAUUUGGCAGAAGAAAAGGGCAAAAAGGACUAAUUUAAUGUUAUUAAUCACCGGGACUGUAUUUUGUGGUGGAUUUGGUUGGAUACUACUAUUUUUUAAGACUCUUACAAUCUUGUCAGUGUCAUGUCAGCAUGGCCUACAUAUAGCAGAAGCCUUAUCUACAGUCACUCAGGAGCUAAAGCUAACUAGCUGCAAGAUGCCUCCCUUCUCCACAGAUGACUAUCACACACUUCUACAGAGGAUCAACAUGCUGGAAACAAAGAUUCAACAGCUCGAGGUGAAUGUGGAAGUGAAUGGAUUGUGUGGAAAUGAAACAACCUUGCCUUUGAAAAAAAACAGCAGACAGCAAGAUUGUGCUAACACACAGCUAAUUAGCACAAACUUAGCUGGAAAGAAAAAGGAGGAUAAUCUACAAGGUAAUAACUCUUUCACUGAUAGUCCUCCCUGGAAUGCUCUUGGUGCAAAGCCAAAGAGUAAAUCAUCUCAUAGGGAAAUGGGAGAACCAGUAACAGGCAGAGCCCAGUUUGCUGAGAUUAGCGACGCGACCGGCUGGCCUGCUCUACCAUCCAGACCAAGGUUAGACUAAAAAACAAAUCAGAAAGUAAAAGGCAACAAGAAAAGCAAAUGGCUGGGCCUCAGACUCUGAUUGUCGGUGACUUCGGUGUGAAAGACGUGAGAAAUGUGUGUGGAAAACGUACAAAAGUACUGUGCUUUCCCAAAGAUAUGGUAUCAGAUGUCAGAGGCAAAAUUACGCAAAUUGUGGCGGCGCACCCAACUGUGGAAAACCUCAUCCUGCAUGUGGGGUCGAAUUAUGUUGUGAAACAACAAUCUGAGGUGCUGAAGUAGGAUUUUAUUGAACUGCUGGAUACAAUCAGCUGUCUGGAUGCCCGGAUAUUCAUCAGUGGCCCUCUCCCUUCCAUCAGAGGAGGAGUGGAGAGAUUCAGUAGGCUGUUUAGUCUGAAUGCA